AGUGUAUUCCAUUCAUUGUCGUAAUAAGAGGUUGAAAACAUUUAACACGCAGCUUGCUGUGCAACAAUGUAUCAGUUCGCUAUAACAACAGUUACAUUCUUGCUACAAUGUGUUUUCUCUGUAAGCGGAAAAACUAUAUUUGGGGUUUUCAGAAGCGACUUGGCGAGGGAGCAGAAAGGUCAAUACAUCACCAAUUUUUUCUAUCAGGUUGGAAAUGGGCUGAUGGUAUAUAGGCUGGAGAAUGUGCCUCUGGCUGUGCAGAAGGAGUCGAAGCUGCUGAUGUUCCACAAUACGCAAGGCUUUGACAACCUGAGCUGCUUGGACCGGGUCUCCCGAGCCCAGAUGUCUAUAUCACUGAGUACAGAGGAGCACAAUCAGACUAUUCCUCAACAACUGUAUCCCCAGGCCUGGCACAUCUUGUAUGUGGACCGCUACACUUGUACAGAGCAGGACAUCUCGAGUCCUCUGGAGGAUGUCAAGUUUCAGAUCAUUCUGCUGAAUCCGGAUGUUGCAGGAAACCCAAUGGACCACUUCAGUGCUGAGGAGGGGGGUCUCCACAGCUUCUAUUUCCUGCUGAUUCUGGCCUACUUUAUUGCAUCCUGCAUCUACAUGCAACCACUGUGGCAGGCUCUACAAAAGGGAGGCCCUAUGCACACAGUGCUCAAAGUGCUCUCUAUCGCCCUCUUGCUGCAGGGGAUGUCGGUGCUCUUUAAUUACAUCCACAUGGCCAGGUAUGCCAGAGAUGGCGUAGGGACCCCUUUGAUGGGUAGUCUAGCUGAGUUUUGUGACAUGGUGGCACAGGUGCAGAUGCUGUAUAUGCUGCUGAGUCUUUGUAUGGGUUGGACUCUGAGUCGCAGCAGAAAGUCCCAGAGCAAGCCUCUCCAGUGGGACUCCUCUCCAACCUCCACCUCCCUUGCUGCAGGGGCUGUGUUCACACAGGGGAUCUUACUCAUCUGGGAGCAGUUUGAGGACACAGAGCACCACAGUUUCCAUGCACAGCGCAGUGUGCCAGGUGUCUUACUCCUGCUGCUACGUGUGGUGCUAGCACUGCUACUGGCCUCGGUGCUCUACCAGAUCACCUCCUCGGAGAGGAGUGCUCUCAAGAGGGACUUCUACCUUCGCUUUGCAAAGGGGUGCUUUUUGUGGUUUCUGUGCCAUCCUGUGCUUGUUCUACUCUCAGGGAUUUUUAAUGAACACCAGCAAGAGAAGGUCAUUGCUAUUGGAGUGAUUUUGUGCCAGUCCAUAUCGGUCAUCAUACUCUACCAACUCUUCCUGUCGAGGAGUCUUUAUUGGGAGGUGUCCUCUCUAUCCUCGGUUACCUUGCCUCUGAGCAUGUCCAGAGGGCCUCGGGAUCGCUUCUAAUUCCCUGAUGUGGCUUUGGCAUGUUACCAUGGAUACAUGGAGCUGUAGUCAGACUGCUCAAGUCACAGAAGAGAGAAAGUCUGUUUUGAAAGCAGACAGUAACGGUUAGCGUUUGUGCAGAGCCGCAGACAAAAAGGACAAGCAACUGGAAUGUCUAAACUGAGACUGAAGCUGGCGAAAACGCAGGACAUGGAUGUUGGUGAAUGCUGGAAUACAGGACUAUUUGUGCCCAUACGGAGCAGAAACUAAGGAUUCUACAGCCUCAAACUGCACGUGCACUGAUGGGCGAUUUCCUGAACUUAAACAAGUUAUAAAUGUAUGUACAAAGUAAGCAUAUGAUUACUGUUUUGUUGUCUCUUUUGCCAUAUUUAUCUGAAUUUGUAUAUGGUAUGAUUGACAUGCAUGUCUCCCCUCUCAACAACUUGACAAAGGGCAAAACUCAUCCACAUAGCUUUUUCUUUUAAAAAACAUGAUCUCAUGGGUGAAACAUAGCACACAGGCAGUUGUUACUAUGCUGUGGUGAAGUUCAAAAUCAUUUCUAUGCACUGAAGGUGAUGUAUGGUAAUAAUUAUUUUUAAUAAAGGUGCAAUUUAGAA